AAGCCUGAUUCAGCAAAACUCACACCCCCUCGUCCCCCAAAACCCGACCCCUCCCUGCUUCUGCUCUUAAUUCGCGGAGAAUUCCGGCGGCCUGGUUAACUCGCGGAGAAGAAGGGAAGGAGAAGGAAGAAGGGGCAGGAAGAAGAUUCUGCCGCCGCUUGCUGCUACUCUGUUCCCGACCCUUAACUCCGGCGGCCUGAUUCUGCUCUGAACUCGCGGAGGAGGAGGAAGAAGAGUGUACCGCCACCUGCUGCGAAGAAGAAGAAGAAGGAGGGAAGGUGAAGGCCGACCGAUCCCGCCACCGACUCGCGUGUUGCUGCUGUUUCUGUUGCUGCAGAGAAGGAGGAAGGAGGCAGGCCCAGGAUUUGAAUCACUAACGUUCGAACACAGGCAGUUCCUUUGAUUUUUUGAAACAAUCAUCCAACUCGAACGAAUUGGUGUUGACAGGACCAGCUUCUGGCUGCGCUAGGUGAUACAAGGGUUGCAGUUUUCUCAAGUGGGUUGCUUACCACUAUCUCUACAGCAAGAUGGAGAAGCGUCAGCAAGAAAAGAUUCAGAAAUUUGAGGAAUUCGUGGACAGCCGCUUGAAACCUGAUCUUGUUAGGGCUAUCGGUGAACGGGAUAAGGUCUUUGAACAGCAAAAGAUUUUCGUGGAUUUGCGGAGAAACAUUGAGAACUUGGAAAAGAACAGCGUUACCAGUCUUAGGACACUGGUGAACCUUGGGUCUGAAGUUUACGUGCAAGCAGACGUGCCGGAUACCCAGCGCAUUUUUGUCGAUGUGGGGCUGGGAUUCCAUGUGGAGUUUACCUGGUCAGAAGCUUUGAACUUUAUCUCGUUGAGGGAGGAAAAGAUCGCCAGGCAAAUAGAGGAGUAUACUCUCCAAAUCGCAUCGAUUAAGACCCAGAUCAAGCUGGUUUACGAAGGCAUCCGAGAAUUGAUGGAACUUCCGGCAGAGAAACCUCCCCCUCAACGUAUCUUCUAACCAGGGCCUUUUCCGAGCCUUUAGGACUUUGUAUGCACUGCAGAUUGCAUGUCGCCUUCCCAAAACAGAUGAGAUUGUUAUGAGGACGAGGGACAUACUCUAACCUAAACCAACUAAAUACCUAUCUGCCCAAAUCAGUAGUCUGUGGCGUUCUGUUCUCUUUUUGGUGAACUCGAAACUUGGGAUGACAAUCUUCAUACCUGUUUUCUACUGAUAGUUAAUGACUCGGUAUUAGAAUAGAGGUGUUGUUUGCUAUUUUCCUUGUGCCUAGGGUUGCAAAUGAGUCAAGCUACUUAUGAGCGGCUCAAUGCUCGAUUCUGGAAAAACUCGUUAGUAGCUCGACUUGAUAGUAAAUGAGCCGAGACCGAACUCGUCAUUUUUUGCUGGCAAGCUAGCUCGGCUAAGUGGCUCAUUGAGUAUGACUAAUGAGUUGGCUCGUUUCGAGCUAAUGAAUUGGCUUGAUAGUCUGGUUAGCGACUUAUGAGUGAAUCAAUAUAUGUAACUUAUGAUGUGGCUUCUUAACGAUUCAUACUUUUAAUAGAUUAUAUUUGUCAUAAUGUAUAUAAUGUUUUAAGACUUUGA